UUAUCUUUACUUAACAUCCAAGUUUUGAGGAUUUCACUUGUACUUAUUUUUUGCAAUUUUUUUAUCGAUGAUUUUGACUAUUUAGAAGAGAAUGAGAGACUAACUUCCUAAAGUUUAGUGGGUCAGCUUCUGAUGAUGGGUUAAUUCCAUACCUAUAUUCCUAAAUCUCUUAUUGGCCUUGCAUAGUGAGUGCCAACUACAGCUGCGGGGUGUGAUCUUCACACAAUAAGUGUCUCUAAAUUUUGCUGCAGGCGUGCUGCCAUGGAAUAUGAUGUAGCUGGACUGAUCAUCGAUUCUUUAACUUUUGUAUAUUCUUGUUGAUUUUUCCAUAAAAUCAUGUAUUGAUAUGAAUAUUAAGUGAUGCAUGAAGAUGACGGGAAAUAAGAAAUCUUUCAAGAGCUUAACUCAAACGAUCCAUUCGCUCCUAGGAUUCAAAAAUGAAACAAAUUCUACAUGGGCCAACACCGUGUGUGAUAUUAUUAAAAGCUUGCCAUCAACAGCUGACUACGAGAAUGAUUAUAAGGAUUCAGCUAAAGGUUGUGACGAUGAUCCUGAUCAUGUUCUCAUUUCACACCUUCAUGGUGAGCUUGCCGCCUUGAAUGAGGAAGUAUGUCAAUUGAACGCACAAAGAAAGCAAAUUCUCCAUGAAUUUCUACAACUGAAAGGAAACAUUCGUGUAUUCUGUCGCAUUAGACCCACCAUAUUUGGGGAGAACUUAAGACAACAAAGGCCGGUUAUCCCUGUAGAUUCAAAUGGUAUACUCCUCAAGUUUACCAAGAACAAGACAAAACUAUACAACUUUGACAAGGUUUUGGACCCGAGUUCAUCACAAGAUGAAGUAUUUUCGGAAAUUGAACCAGUUAUUAAAUCUGCCUUGGAUGGAUAUAAUGUCUGCAUACUAGCAUAUGGGCAAACAGGCACGGGCAAAACAUUCACAAUGGAAGGAAAUCCAGAUUGCCCAGGGGUAGUGCCUCGCACAAUCAAGGCGUUAUUUAAGCAAGCAGCGGAUAGCAACCAUACAUAUCUCUUUAGUUUCAGCAUGCUUGAAAUAUAUGUUGGUCAUCUCAGAGAUUUGCUCAUACCUCGGGCAAGAAAAACCACUGAUCCUAUGCCUCCAUGUCUUUCCAUCCAAACGGAUCCCAAUGGUGGGAUAGUUAUCGACAAUCUUGUAGCCAUCCAAGUGAGCAACUUCAAUCAUGCAAUCAGUCUUUAUAGGCUUGGAAGUCAACUUAGAUCAACUGCUUCCACAAAUUCCAAUAACGUUUCUAGUAGAUCUCACUGCAUGAUAAGAAUAUCAAUGACUUGUUUGGAUGGCACUGAGAGGAGAAAGAUAACAAACAAAAUCUGGAUGGUCGACUUGGGAGGAAGUGAGCGUGUCCUAAAAACAAAGGCACGUGGUAGAAGAUUUGACGAAGGAAAAGCUAUCAAUCUGUCACUUUCUGCCCUUGGGGAUGUCAUCAAUGCCCUCCAAAGGAAAAAUAGCCACGUACCUUACAGGAACAGCAAGCUGACACAAGUGCUUAAAGAUUCGUUAGGAGAGGAUUCAAAAACGAUAAUGUUAGUUCAUGUCAGUCCAAAAGAAGAAGAUUUAUGUGAGACUGUAUGUUCUUUGAAUUUUGCAUUACGCUUGAGAAGUAUUCACUUAGGGGAGACCGAACCGAAUGAAGCAAGAGUAAUGAGGGAAGUAACAAUGACUAACCUACAACGCAAGAUGCAAGAGAUUGAAGACAACCGUGACACGUUCAUAAAAGAAAUCAAGAAACUGAAUCAGAAAUUGGAUUCCCUAACAAAGACAUCAUCGGGUUCGAAUGAGAAACUUGAUGGGUUGCUAUCAUCAUUGAAAGUCCCACAAAAUGCAGAUGAAAUGACAGUAACGCCGCCAUCAAGAAGGAUGCCAAGUUAUAUGAAGCCCACAAUUUGCAGUACACGCAAAUCGGGGAUGGGGAAUCAAACUACAUAUACAAAAAACAUCAGACCUGCAAGAAGAAAACAAUUGCCAUUGUCUCGUGCAGAAUCUGUGAAUUUUCCUAUAAAGAAUAUGACAGAAAGCUACUCGGGGAGUAGCAUCUCGAGAGUGAGUUGCAUGGUAGGUUUAAACGAAAUACAACCAGGGGUCCAUAAUGACAUAGAAUACAGUAGUGACACGGAUUUCAGUUCCAUAAAUAGGUCAGAUGCUAGCCAUUGGGCUCAGAAUAAGCGGGUUUUCCCAAUCCCGACUCCUCUAAAGAAAAGUAAAUCCAAGGAACAUAUGAAAAAGGGGAAAUCGGGUGGCACUGAAAGGGUUGACUACAUGUGCACAGAGGUUAGCCACAAACAUGGUCGGUUAGUACCACCAGAGGUAAGACUUGUGCGUAAAGAAUCCAGAUUCGACCACAAUUUAUCGAUCCUUUCAAUUGAAAGUACACAAUCAACAAUGGGAGUGGGUGACACGUCAACUGAAGGUGACAUUUAUAGUCAGAUAAUGUCAAGGGAUACAAUGGGAGUCGAUGACACAUCUACCGAAGGUUAUACCUCUCAUUAUGAAGAUCAUGUUAAUAGAGUUAACCAGACAACUAUACCGCAAGUGUCAAAUCAUGAAAGACAUAACUUAGAGGCGCACAAGUUAAAAGAUGACUUACCUACAAAAACUUCCUGCAUCCAUGAAAUGAUUCUCAAUGAUUUGGCUAAGCACUCCUCCCAAACACUUGGAUAUGCCAAAACCAGAGGUUUUUCAGAUCUCGUAAAAGAUAAUAUUUUGAUAAUGUAUAACAUCGUCCUUCUAGGAUUGGGAUUCAGAAGAUUGGGCUUUGAGCAUGAUUUCUUCCAGGCUUUGAUGAAUUAAUGUUGCAUUGAGUAUGUUGACAUAGCUACAUACUUAUUUAAUAUUUGUCAACACAAGUAAUGUAUAUAUAUUUAUAUAUAUGAUAUGAUAUGUUUGUUUGCAUA